AAAAAAUGUAUGGCAAGUGUGGAUGUCCGCCUGGGUCUCAACCCGGUCAAGGUUUUUGACCUAAACAAACAGAAACGACACAAACAGCGUGAUGUACGGCCACAAUAACUGACGUCAUGGGCAAUCGACUUGGCAGUAACCGCAGAAAUGGGUUAUCAAGAAGUGCCAGUGAUCACUCCUUCCAGAGGCUUUGGCCACGUACCUCCCGCCGACGACGAAGUGUCAAUUCGCUGACAGACCCCUAUCUAGCGUCACGUACCACAUGGCCUGUCCCAAGAACAGAGGCUAUCUUCUUACCGGAAUAUACGGUUAACCCAAGGAGUGGGGAGACAGAAUAUAAGAUUCUGCAUCAAAUCAACAAAGGUGCAUAUGGUGAAGUAUUGAAAGUACAAAGACAGUCAGAUAAAAAGUUCUUUGCAAUGAAGGUCAUGUCAAAACAAGAAGUCAUAAGAAGUGAUGCUGUGAAACAAUGCAGAGAUGAAGCCUGCAUACAGAGAAUGGUGGGUCACCAUGCGUUCAUUGUGCAGAUCUACAAGACUUGGCAGAAUAAAGUUCAUCUGCAUAUAGUCAUGGACUAUGCCACCCAUGGUGACCUGUACACGUUGUGGCUGCUAGAGGGCGCUUUCUCUGAAGCGGCCGUCCGGCUCUACAUUGCGGAACUGGCUCUUGUGGUGGAUUUUCUUCAUAAUGCAGGCAUUGUCUUUAGGGAUCUGAAAAUGGAGAACAUUUUACUUGAUCAUGAUGGCCAUGUUCGACUGACAGACUUCGGUUUGGCAAAGUGGCUCAAGCGUGGUGCAAGAACGAACACUAUCUGUGGCACUUUACAGUAUAUGGCUCCUGAGGUGCUUCAUGAGGAUCCGUAUUUUCAUGCAAUCGACUGGUGGUCUCUCGGCAUCUUGAUGUACACCUUACUGUUGGGUAGCUAUCCGAUCAAAGGGGCAAGCAACCAUCACCUGAUGUGCAGUAAGGUCAUCCAUAUGGAUUACUCAUUACCAGAGCCAAUCAGUGCGGAGGCCAAUCAAUUAGUAAAACAGCUUCUCUGUCAAGACCCCCUAGGGCGUCUUCAAUCACUCAAAGCCUUCAAGGAACAGAGCUUCCUGAAGUCCCUUAGCUUUGAGCAGCUUCAGAAGAGAAAGCUGCAUCCCAAGAGUUUUUUAAAGAGGAAACUGCCGUGCACGCUCGCCAGAAAGUCGCGGUCAGGAAAGAAAUUCAUCUGCGACAAUUCAUCAAAAGAGCUGAAUAUUGAAAACUUUGACUGGCUUCGUGUGACAGCAUUAUAGUGACUUGCUAAUGUUCCGCCAUUGACUGACCGUCCACUUUAUAAAGGUAUUUAUAUCAACAAGGGCACUAUUCAACUCCACACCGCCAUUGUUCUCAGUUGAGCACAAAGUUAGGCUGCACAUGCAGUAAGUUUGUUGUACGUUUAACCUUAUUGUGAAACAUCUAGAUCCAACCUCCAUUCUUGAAAAUGAAGAGGUGCGCAUAGAAAACCACCUAGCGAUGUUUAAUAUUAUGUUAAAAAAUUGUUUUGAAACAAGAACAGCACAAAAUUUCAUUACAAUAUGUUAACAACUCUCCACCAUUUGGACUGCACUGCAUUGAAUCUUCUGUAUGUGACGCUGGGAAGAGCAAGACGCUAUUUCUACAUCGCAAAUAGUCUUCUUCAGAGCCUGUGUAGAAAGCAUCCUUCUGUAGGUCACUGCCUUCGUGCUUAAAGACCAGGUCAUACCUGACGUGUUAUAUUGGAGACUGCUGUGCACUAAUAGAGGACCUAGGCCACUCAAUCGACGUGAUUGGUAGAGAUACAGAGUCUGAAAUCGUAGACCUUCCAAACAUGAUGGGGGAUAAACACCUCUGGCGUGACGUUGUGCAUAGAAUCUCUGUUGGACUGCUAAAUGGCGAUGAUGGGUACAGUUGAAAGUUUCUAUGUUGGGCGGAGCUUAGUGGGUCAGUCUACUGGACAAACGCAACGGGUUCCCUUGGUGUCUGCAUAACUGUGACUUGCCUUCAUCUCCCAGAAGAAGGAAAAAAUCUUACUCAGCAUACAGAUAUUGAGCGAAAGAAGACAAUGUUAAUGUAUACAUUUACAUUUAUAUAGGAUUAAAACAAUCAAAAACAGUUUCAAAAACCAAUGGUACAUGUAUAUAAGGUGCUUCUAAACAUUGUAUCAAAGGGCCUUACUCUAUUCAUUGGGCGUUGCGUAUUCCUGAAUCCAUCUCAAUUCCUUUUUGGAGUUCGCAGCAUCGGUAGCAUUUUGGAGUUCACAUCAACAAUCUCUGCCCUUGUACUAAUAGGUACCCAUUUACUCCCAGGUGACAAGAAGCAGUUUAUACAUGUAUUUAAAGAUCUCUUGCCCAACAUGCCCAAGACCACAAGUGUCACGAAAGGGGUUCAAACCCACACUGUGAUGAUUUAGCCAUCAGACAUGAUAUGUAACAUAAAAACUACCACAUGUGUGCAAAGCUGUUUUGUUUGUCUCAAUUUAAACAAGUGCCAUUAUUAAAUUAGGCUAAUAUUUAGGAGUUCCAGGGGUGUGAGUUACUGCUGACAAAAAAAGUCUGAAAUUGGGAUCCAGAUCUUGGGAGUGAAAACAUUGCCACCUUUUGGUAACCCCAGGGGUCAAUUUCACAAAGAGUUAGGACUAGUCCUAAUUUAGGACUAGUCCUAGAAG